AUGGUGGGCCCCAGAGAUCUCGAGCUGAAGGGGUGUGGUCUCUGGUCUAGGUGGCAUGACAGUGGCUGCCUAUCCAAGAGACAGCUGCCAAAAUCCUGGGUUCAAGUCUUGCCACUGGUGCAUACUGGCCCUGUGUCUCUGGGAAAGUUACUUCACCUGUCUGUGCUGCCUAAGGCUAUAAAUUGUAGAGGAAAUGGCGACCUUCAUUGGCAGAGAGUUUCGUUGUCUAGACUUCCUCACGUCAGUGAAGUCACUGGUCCAGCCCUCAUUCGCCUUCCAUGGACUCAUAAACAUUUGCUGGCUCGUACCUGGAGGACCAGCUUCCCAAAGCCUGACCAGGCCCCGCUCACUCACUCAGCCUGGUGUCCCGGUGCUAGCCCAGGCGUGACUGGGGGGUCUGUGUCUCUGCAGAAGCAGCAGCCCCUGAAACUGCUCAUCAUGUCAGCCACGCUUCGCGUGGAGGACUUCACCCAGAACUCCCGGCUCUUCUCGGUGCCUCCCCCUGUCGUGAAGGUGGAUGCCAGGCAGUUCCCCGUGACCGUACACUUUAACAAGAGGACACCGCUCCAUGACUACAGCGGCGAGUGCUUCCGCAAAGUGUGUAAGAUCCACCGAAUGUUACCUCCAGGAGGUAUUUUGGUAUUCCUGACGGGACAGGCCGAGGUACACUCGCUCUGCCGAAGACUCCGGAUGGCCUUCCCAUGUCUUAGAGGCAGCGCCAGAGGAACAGAAGAAAAGGAGGAUUCCGUGGAAGAGAUGAGAAAAUUCAAGAAGUCCCGAGGCAAGAAGGGCCCUGCGGCGCUGCCCAGAAUCGAUCUGGAUAAUUACUCAGCGAUGCCCGUGGAUGAAGGGGACGAGGACGGGGAAUCAGAAAUGGAUGAGGAAGAGGAUGUCGUGGGAUCCGAUCUCGACCUAGACCUGGGAGACGGGGAAGCCGAAGAAGAUGAGAAGCCAGAUGCCUCCCUCCCCCUUCAUGUCCUGCCGCUGUAUUCGCUGCUAGCUCCAGAGAAGCAAGCCCAGGUGUUCAGACCUCCCCCGGAGGGAUGCAGACUGUGUGUGGUGGCCACCAAUGUGGCCGAGACGUCCCUGACCAUCCCUGGCAUCAAAUACGUCGUUGACUGCGGGAAAGUCAAGAAGAGGUUUUAUGACAAAGUGACCGGUGUGUCCUCUUUCCGGGUAACGUGGGUAUCACAGGCAUCGGCCGAUCAGCGGGCAGGGAGAGCCGGGAGGACGGAGCCAGGCCACUGCUACAGGCUCUACUCGUCGGCCGUUUUCAGUGACUUUGAGAAGUUUUCUCCUCCUGAAAUCACCCAGCGACCCGUCGAGGAUCUGGUCCUUCAGAUGAAAGCUUUGAACAUAGAAAAGGUUGUCAACUUCCCAUUUCCAUCCCCUCCUCCCAUGGAGGCCCUGGUCGCCGCAGAGGAGUUGUUGACGGCACUCGGGGCUUUGCAGGAGCCUUUGCAGACGGGACGGUUGAAACAGCUGCAGGCGGCAAAGCUGAGCUGCCCAAUCAGUCCCUUGGGGAGAACCAUGGCCACCUUUCCGGUGGCUCCUCGUUACGCCAAGAUGCUGGCCCUCAGCCAGCAGCACGAAUGCCUGCCCUACGUCAUCACCAUCGUGGCUGCCAUGACGAUCCGCGAGCUGUUCGAGGAGUUAGACAGCAAAGGCUAGAAGGCCACACCCUCG